AUUUGUUUAUUCCUAGGAAAUUAGGAGGAUUCAGGUUUCUUUCCCUGACGCUGGCUGGCUGGAAAUCGAGUGGGGCUGGCAUCUCUGCUCUGUGCAGUGUAGGCCAGACACCGAGCUGUGAGCUGAGACCUGUGAUUCGUUAGAAAGUCAAGCAUAAUCUGACCAGAUUGGUUCAGGACUCCUCCAGACCCUGCUGUUGUUACUUCACAGCAUUCUGAAGAUCUGUCCACCAAUCACAGGGCUCCUCACUGGAAAAAUCAGCUGCUAGAGAGUGCCAGGAGUCCCUAGCAACACUGUAGCUUUUGAAAUCUGAGGGGGGAAAGACCGUGUAGUCAGCUGACAGUGGAGGAGAGUGCUUAUGCCUCUGGAAGAGCAGGCUCUCAGGAUGGACUCUCCACCCUCUGCAGAGCCCUUAGAUACACAGAACAAAAAACUGGAAAACCAGGAAGAGGAGAUGGUGUUUAAGGAACUGGACAGUCUGAGGGAAGCCUUGGCAAACUUCCGGGAACUGUCCGAGGAGGAGAAGAGCGAGAAGGGAUUGCUUCGCUCCCGCAUCCAAGAGCAGUCCCAGCUCAUCUGCAUCCUGAAGCGGAGGUCAGAUGAGGCCCUGGAGCGCUGCCAGAUCCUGGAGCUUCUCAACUCAGAGCUGGAGGAGAAGAGGAUGCUGGAGGUCAAGAAGCUGAAAGCCAAGAAUGAGCAUGCCCAGAAGCUGGAGAAACGCUUUAUGACCCUGGCAGCCAACCACGAGAUGAUGAUCCGCUUCAAGGACGAACACAAGCAGCAGAACGUCAAGCUGAGAGAGGAGAAUGAGAAGCUGAGGCUGGAAAACAACAACCUCUUCAGCCAGGCUUUGAAGGACCAGGAGGCCAAAGUCCUGCAGCUCACCAUCCGGAGCGAGGCCCUGGCCAAGGAGCUGGAGACUCUGAAACAGAGGUGUGCCCAGGAUGCCUGCCAGGCACGGGCCCGAGAGAAGGAGCUGCUGGAGCAGCAGAGCCAGCAGGCCUGCGCCCACGCCAAGGAGACAGAGCAGCUGCACAGCCAGCUGCAGAGUCUCCGGCAGCAGCACCAGCAGGCCAUAGAGCAGAUGGCAAAGGCCGAGCAGGCCCACAGCACCCUGAGCCAGGAGCUGCAGGCCAGGCUGCAGGCCGUUACUCACGAGAAAGAGGAGCUGCUGCAGCUGUCCAUGGAGAGGGGCAAGGUGCUUCAGCACAGGCAAGUGGAGAUCCGCCAGCUCGAGGGGAAGUUGGAGACAGCAGAUGCAGCCCGGAGGCAGGCGCUAGAGCGGUUUGAGCAAGAGGCGGUGGCUGUGGACAGUAACUUGAGAGUCCGGGAACUUCAGCGCAGGAUAGACGGGAUCCAGAACGCCUACGAUGAACUCCGGCUGCAGUCCGAAGCCUUCAGAAAGCACAGUCUGGAUCUUUUAAGCAAGGAGAGACAACUCAACGCCAAACUCCGCCAUCUCUUUCCAUAAAAACUUCUGCUUCCUCCAGCCUCCAAUUUAGAAUACAAAUAUGUGUGCCUGAGCAUUAUGGCGAGGGUAACGAUCGUAUUCCAUUUAUUAUACUUUUAAGCACAAAAGUCAACUCAAAGAAAAGCUGCUUUACUAUGAUCUUAUUGUUAACUAUGGAAGGCUAGCACUAAUUUUUAGUCCCACCACCUAGAAUAUACAAGAUGGACCAGAUUUCUCUCUCUGCCUUUGAAACCUUCCUACAUUCACUGUCAGUAUCUCCACCUGUUCCAUAAUUUAUUUAUUCUCAACCUCAAAUAUCUUCAUAUAUCCUAAGAUUUUAAAUGAGCAUCUCCUAUAGAUUUAAGUGAAUCUUAAAUGUGCAAUGAGAUGUGCUAUUAUGGAAAAAAAAAAUAGCAUAAUUAUCCCUUGUAGUCUCCCAUAGGUGAGACUGUAAGCUAUAACAGUUAAGAGCAUAAUGACAGCAUUGAUAACUUGUAGAAAAAAGUGUCUGAUUUUGCAACAGGCCAAACAAUUACUUGCUUCACCUGCUUUAUAGCAGAAUCCUUUAUUUUAUUUUAUUUUAUUUGCACUAGCUUGGAAAACAAAGAUUGAGCUCAUUAAGCAAAUUUUAUUAUAGUCAUUCUGUAUGAGCAAUAAGAUUCAAAUAAGUGGAAUCAACCAGUUUUUAUUUUUCCUGCAAGAUUAGAUCACAUUCCAUUUUCUUUGUUUUUCUCCUUAAUUAAAAUAGGAUUUAGGAGUGCAAGAAUGCAAAUAUCAGCAGUUUCAUUUAAUAUUAUAUAGUAUGCUAACAGACAAAAGGCUCCAAUUUGCGGUAACAAGUCAUAGCAGACUGGAUAUGAUACAUACAGCAAUGCAUAGUGAUUGCAUUGUUUCUAUUAGCAUUUUUUUUUUGCAGUUAACUUUUUUUAAAACAUCUAAACAGAAUUUAUAUAUGUAUACUUACAACAUUUUUGUAGGAAUACCUCAAUAGUUAUAAGAGCAGAUAAAAUAUAUUAUAUAUAUUUAUAUAAAGUUCUUAAAGAGGUAGUUAUAAAAAAUCCACUAUGCUUCUUUAUUUUUCUGUACUACAUUAUUAUGAGUACGUCUCAAAAUAGAUUGUAAUGGAGUAUUUUUCCCACCUGUUUGGUGCCAAGAGUGCCGAGAGUUCCCUAAUGAUUUGGAUUUAUUUAAAAAUAUUACUUGGUACAUUUUUAAUAAACAAUUUUCGUUCAAGUGUUGCUUGCCUUA